AUGAGUUUGGCUUUGAAACGAUUGCAAGUGCCAAAUCUUCAAAAGAAACGGGUGAGGUUCCAAAAGCUUAGGGGCGAGUUGGAAAGUAUGAAGAUGAAGGAGACAAAAAGAGUAACUGAGUACAUUACUUGGCUUGAAACUGUGGUGAACCAACUUGCUAGAAACAGAGAGACGUUGUCCGCUAGCCAAGUUGUGGAAAAGAUUUUGAGGUCGAUGACCGAUGACUUCAAGAAUGUGGUGUGCGCGAUUGAAGAGUCUAAGGACCUAUCAAAGCUCACAAUUGAAGAGCUUGCAGAAUCUCUUGAAGCACAUGAAAAACAAAAGAAGAAGUGUGAGCUACUUGAUCAAUUACUUUAA